GUGAUAAUGUAUGGGGAUGACUAUUUGGGAAACACUGCUCCAGUGGAGGUGGAAUUCUAUGUCAGGCUCUUGUAAGGAGGAGCGGAGACAUGGAGACAUAUGGGGAGAUGGCCAUGGGACAGUGAAGGCAGAGACUGGAGUGAUGUGUCUGCAAACCAAGGAAAACCAAAGGUUGCCAUUUCCAGAAAAAUACCAGAAGCUAGGAAGAGGUUGCAGUGAACAUCUAAGAUGAAUACCUGGAAGCAGAAUUGCUAGUGCAAAGGGAAACCAGGUUCUGCAGAGCCCCUGGCCAGGGUGCCCCAACUGCUCGUGCGGCUUUCCACUAAGGAGGCUCCACAGUGAGCUUCCCUAUGGGAGGUACAGCCAGUGUCAUCGUCGGCCACCCUCUGGACACAGUCAAGACUCGCCUGCAGGCUGGCGUCGGCUAUGGAAGCACCCUCAGCUGCAUCCGCAUGGUAUACAGGAGGGAGAGUGUGUUUGGCUUCUUCAAAGGCAUGUCCUUCCCUCUGGCCAGCAUCGCUGUCUACAACUCGGUAGUGUUUGGGGUCUUCAGCAACAUACGGAGGUUCCUUGGCCAGCAUCACUGUGGGGAGCCUGAAGCCAGCCCUCACCACAUCCUGUCUGACUUGUUCCUGGCCAGCAUGGCAGCCGGCGUGGUCUCUGUUGGGUUUGGGGGGCCUGUGGACCUCAUCAAGAUCCGGCUGCAGAUGCAAACACAGCCAUUUCGGGAAGGGAAGGAAACACGUUCUGGAAAUGCUGGCCUGACAGGGUCAAAAAAUGCCAACCUUGGAGUGAAAUCCAGAGCAGUGGCUUUCGGCGAGCAGCCAGUGUACCAGGGGCCGGUGCACUGCAUGGUAACCACCGUGCGGACUGAGGGCCUGGCCGGUCUGUACCGGGGGGCCAGUGCCAUGCUGCUGAGAGACGUCCCAGGCUACUGCCUCUACUUUAUCCCCUAUGUGUUCCUGAGUGAGUGGAUCACACCCGAGGCCCACGCAGGCCCCAGCCCCUGCACCAUGUUGCUGGCAGGCGGUGUGGCAGGAGCAAUUUCCUGGGGGACAGCAACUCCUAUGGAUGUUGUGAAAAGUCGACUCCAAGCGGAUGGGGUUUAUUUAAACAAGUACAAAGGUGUCCUGGACUGUAUAUUGCAGAGUUACCAACAAGAAGGCCUUAAAAGGCAUCACUGUGAAUGCUGUGCGGGGCUUCCCUACGAGCGCCGCCAUGUUCCUUGGCUACGAGCUCUCCCUACAGGCACUCCGUGGGGACCACAGUGUGACGAGCCCAUGAGCGCCAGCCAGGGUUGAUGUCACCUGAACAAGGCCUCGUUCUGCUAUAGGUCAGUGAUGGUAGCAUCUACAGAAUGAGUAGCAGUGAAUUUAUGGGAGAGAAAGAAGGACCUUGGCCAUCCCGACUCUGAGCGAGGUGGGCCCUCGGGUAGCAUGCUGGCCUUGGCACACCUUUCUUCACAGUUUAGGCUCUCUGUCCUCACUUCCAGCCGGACUGCUGAGCUGCUGCUUUGGGAGGAAGCAAGGGACCAUUGGCCGGGAAGUCACCAUCUAUUUUAGCUCUGGGCCAGCACCUGGAAAACGCUAGAGCAAAAUAGACCCCUACCCUCAUGGCUGCUGUGAACUUGUUAGGGAUUCAUUCAGGAGCUGGAGUUAACUCCAAAUUUCCAAAUAAAAGCACUGAAAACUCUU